AUGAGCGAUCUUGAUAAGAUGGAUAUCGACACAGAAACUGAAAACACAACACAGCAAAAGAAGAAAUUUGAAAUCAAGAAAUGGACCGCAGUGGCGUUUUGGUCGUGGGAUAUAGCUGUUGAUAACUGCGCUAUCUGUAGAAAUCAUAUUAUGGAACCAUGUAUUGAAUGUCAACCGAAAGCUAUGACGGAUACAGAUAAUGAGUGUGUUGCUGCAUGGGGGACAUGUAAUCAUGCCUUCCAUUUACAUUGUAUUAAUAAAUGGAUUAAAACGAGGGAUGCAUGUCCUCUAGAUAAUCAACCAUGGCAGUUAGCAAGAUGUGGCAGGUAG